CUCUCUUUCCGGCAACAUUUCUGGUAACUCAGAGACCCUUUAGAGUAGUGUUUGCAAGAAUGGCUUCAGGUGGUCAGAAGUUUCCACCACAAAGGCAGGAGAGGCAGCCUGGGCAAGAGCAUGUCAUGGAACCUACCCCUGAAUUUACGAGCUCAGACUACACGCCAUCCAAUAAGCUUCGAGGAAAGGUAGCGCUAGUGACUGGUGGCGACUCUGGGAUUGGACGAGCUGUGUGCCACUGCUUUGCUCAAGAGGGUGCAACCGUCGCCUUCACGUAUGUGAAGGCCCAGGAGGACAAGGAUGCGCAAGACACGCUCCACAUGCUCAAGAAGGCGAAGACUACUGAUGCCAAAGAGCCUAUGGCAAUAGCAGCUGACUUGGGAUAUGACAACAAUUGCAAAAGGGUGGUUGAUGAGGUUGUGAAUGCCUAUGGCCGGAUUGAUAUACUGAUCAACAAUGCCGCCGAGCAGUACAAAUCAUGUUCAGUGGAGGAGAUUGAUGACGAAAGGCUUGAGAGGGUGUUUAGGACCAAUAUUUUCUCUUACUUCUUCACAGUCAGGCAUGCUUUGAAGCAUAUGAAGCAAGGGAGCUCCAUAAUCAACACGACAUGCAUAAGGGUCAAUGGUGUGGCCCCUGGACCCAUUUGGACCCCAUUGAUACCAUCAUCAUUCAGUGAGGAAGAGUGUGCUAAGUUUGGGUCUGAAGUGCCUAUGGGCAGGGCUGGUCAGCCUAUUGAGGUUGCUCCAUGCUAUGUCUUCCUUGCUUGUAAUCAUUGCUCCUCUUACAUAACUGGCCAGGUUCUUCAUCCUAAUGGUGGAACUGUAGCGAAUGCUUGA